AUGGGUAAUUUGAAAGAUGAUUUAAAAUUAGCUGCAGGUCUACUAAAAUCGGGUGACAACGAAAAAGUGAUCGAGUUGCUAAAAGAUUAUACAGAAGAAGAGUCUGCAGAUUAUCGAGUAUUUUGUUUCAUUGCUCUAGCCUACUCGAAUAUCUCCAAUUAUGACGAGAGCUAUGAGAUGUACAAGAAAGCAGUUGAAGUCGACGAAGCAAACUUGAUGGCGUGGAAGGGACUCUUCAAAUUGUUCGAAGUCGAAUCAUGUACGACACCUGACCAAUUUUCAUUGCGUGUUUGCGAAUUCAUGCAGAAAAAUGGAGACGAAAAAAAAGUUCAAGCUUCUCAGGCUCUCCGACGAAUUCAUGUUGAAUUGAAACUGUGGACGGAAAUUCAAACAAAAUUUGACUCGUUGGAGUUCAAAACAGACGCCGUAAAUCUUCGGCAAAUUAUUGAAAGCCUCUGUUCACACACAGAUAAAGCAGCAAACAUGGAUCUGUUGGAAAGAGCAUUCGGUGCAUUGAAGGAACUAAACAUGCUCGAAAACGACUCGGGAGCCAUGCUGAAUUAUUGCAAGUUCACAAAGCGAGAAGAAGAUAUCACACGACUCAUUAAUCAACAUAAAAAUAUUAUUGUUGACGAAUGGGUACAGAAGAAAAUGUUCGAAACUUGUUGUCAAAAGUUUUUCGAAUCAAAACGAUUUCCGGAGUUUGUCGACAAUGUCACAUGUGCCGCACUUUCAACUAUGACAGUUGUGAAUGCUUUAAAGCACAAUAACAUUGCUGCCGCCUUAGAUGCACUGGACUCAGUUCCAGACCAUUCUGCUUAUCCUGAUUGUCUUCUAUUCGUGGAAUUGCUCGCCGAAACAGAAAACUGGGAAGCUGUUGAAGUGCUUGCUCGUUCAAUUAACCGGAUUUAUUCUUCUCCAAUCUGCAAUGGAUGGAUAUGUAGAUCACUUCUUGAGAUUGAACCAGAUUCAAUUGAGAAAUUGCAAGCACUUGGACCUCUCCCACUUCCAGAAUUUGCUAUAGAAGAACUGAAAAUUGCAAUUUUGUCUGAAAAUGAGAACCAGAUCAGCAAACUUCUCAAUCAAUAUGAUGAGAGUUCGAACGUUGGUGUCGUCCUGCGGUUAACGAAAGCGCUUUUCUCAUCGGAAAAUGUAACAUCUGAACAUGUCAAACUCUCGGAGCGUCUUUCAACAGACAACAGUAAAGAUUUGGUUCUUGCUGCAGAAGUUCGAAUUCGUGCUGGUCUUGAUGCAAACAGUAUUCUAGUGAACGCUGCAAAAUUGAACGUUCGAUGCAGUAGAGCAUUUUACUUGCUCGGAAACGUUAUUGCUGUGAAGAAUGCAACAAAAGCAAAGUCGUUAAUUGAACGAGCAGUACAAAUUCGUCCCGGAAGUGAGGAAUACACCAAAUCUCUUCACGAUCUGCUUGUCAGGAAAGGAGUAUCUCCAGAAGAAAGAUUAACUGUUCUAAAAACGUUAUUGGCAAAGAAAAGAAAUCGUCGGAAGCCGUUCUGGAUUUCUGAUGCACUUUCCUUAAUCUAUAUGGACAUGGACAGUUUGACAGAAGCUAUUGACGAGCUCCAACAAAUGGUUCGUCUCUAUAGAGAUAACCGAACUGUUUGGGCUCGUCUUGCCGACGCAUACACACGAAAAGGACAUCUCAGAGCGGCAGUCAGCUCGUACGCUCAAUUAGCAGAAAUGGAGGAUGGCCAUGAAUAUAUCAUACCGAUUACAAGAGUCCUUCUACAACUCGGUGAAUGUGACGAGGCCCUCGAUAAAAUUAUGGAAUUUCGGAGAAAAUUAGAAGAAGAAAGUCUCGAGUGUGGUUCUGAGUCUCUGAUUGUGCUCGAUUUCACAGAAGCAGAAAUUCGUCUCAAUCUUCACGAAACGACAUGUGGAGAGCAGAAACGGUUCCAUUUAAAGAACGCGUUUCGGCUUCUCACAAGAUGUAUAAAUGCAGACGGUAAUUGCUCGUAUGCGGCAGUAUUAAAACUUUUCGGUGAUGCUCUGUUAGUUGUCUCCAAGUAUGCAGAAAGAAAUAUUUUGUAUUUCGAAAUUGAUCAAAAGUGGCAGAUUUCAACUCGACUUGAUUGUGUUACAAAGGCUGUUUCAUUUUACAUGUCAGUUCUAAGAUCUCAAAAACACGAUCCUCUUGCUUGGUACGAUGUUUCUGUAGGACUUUUAUCGAAGUUCAAAAUCGAAAAUGACCAAAAAAUACUGUCAAAAGUGCAGAAAAUUCUCGAGCAUGCCCUGUCUUUGACCAAUGUUGAAACUCUUCUCUCUUCAAUAUGGGCUCUCCUAGCAGAAACGAAACGACUUUCUGAAGACCCCAUUCGUCACCGACUUCACUGUCUCGGACGUGCUCUUGAACUGAACAAGGCAAACGAUGCUGCUUGGUUACAAUUGUCAGUUCUGUGUCUAGAAGUGGGAAGACUAGUCGAUGCGUCUCGUGUUCUAGAACAAUGUAUAAAGUACAAUCCACAUAAUGCAGAAGCGUGGUGCGCCUGGGCACAGACAGCUCAUUUUCAAAAUAAUGCUCAUGAAGCACUUGCCAUGUUCCGACAAGCUCUCUUCGUUCGUGCAAUUCCGAGUGCAAUUGUCGGAUAUUCCACUUACUUAUGUGACAGCUUGAAGAAAAACCAGCAUCGAUUCGAUUCUGCGACUGCUGCUCUCAAUUUCGAAUCAAUCGUUGAUCUGAGCAAUCUUGCUUACGCCGACGAAAACAUGCUUUAUCAUCUUGGAUUGCUAGCUGACCUUUUCGGAUGGUAUCCUGAAGCGCAAUUUUGUUUCGAGCUAUCCCAGAGUUCAAAAAUUACGGACGAAUUGCAACAUUCUCGGGUCAAAGCUGACAUUCUGUACAAUAGAAACCAAUCAGAGCCAGCAUCUCAUUCGGAUUCUAGAAUAUGUGGAAUUCUGAAACUGACCAGUGCUGAAUGUUACGCUUUCUUGACUGCUGAAAUGGAUGUGUAUAGAGAUUUGUACAGAUUCGUUGAGACUAACGAUGCUGAAGCAUUUAAUAAGCUUUAUACGAGUUGUGUGAAAGGAAAAGGAAUAUCUGUAUCGCUUUUUAUUUCUGGACUUAUCAUGUCGAACACAAAUCUUCCAGUGGAAUUCAUUCGAACAAUGCACGAAGCACUACCUCGUCAUGAACUAAUUGAUUAUUAUCCUACUCGACUCCCAGAAGGAAUGGACAACGGACUUCAGCAUUUGGAGCAAGAUGGAGAGGAGCCGUUCAGAUAUCGCCAUCGGUCAGCUCAUCUUCUCCUUGAGGAACUAAAAAUUCUUCGAGAGAAGGUGGAACAAGAAAAUGAAAAACCGGGGGACGAAUCUCUGCCAGACGAUGAAGCAGACCUGAGAAAUUAG